CGACUCUCUAUGUACAUGCUGUUCUCAUAUGCUCCGUCGCAUUUACUUUCGGUGAUUAGGUAGAGCGAGGCAUCCCAUCCUCCCUUUUCGACAGUGUCAUAUAGGAUGGAUUCUGCUGCCACGCUCUCCUCCCCUCUGUUGUCCCCCGCCGGCGACGACGACGUUGACCAGCCCCUGCCGCCGUCGACGCCUCCGGCCAUGGCCGACGAGGGCGAGGCCCACGGAGCCAGCGGGCAGCUGGAGAUCGUGCUGAACGACGCGUCCAUCCCAUGGGCUCGCCGCAUGUGGCUGGCCUCCCUCAUCGAGAUGAAGCUGCUGGUCUUCCUCGCCGCCCCCGCCGUGAUGGUGUACAUGAUCAACUACGUCAUGUCCAUGUCCACCCAGAUCUUCUCCGGCCACCUCGGCAACCUCGAGCUCGCCGCCGCCUCCCUCGGCAACACCGGCAUCCAAAUCUUCGCCUACGGCCUCAUGCUAGGAAUGGGGAGUGCGGUGGAGACGCUCUGCGGGCAGGCGUACGGAGCCCACAAGUACGAGAUGCUGGGAAUAUAUAUGCAGCGGUCGACGGUGCUGCUGAUGGCCACCGGCGUGCCGCUGGCGGUGAUCUACGCCUUCUCGCGGCCGAUCCUGGUGCUGCUGGGGGAGUCGCCGGAGAUCGCCAAGGCGGCGUCGAUCUUCGUCUACGGGCUGAUCCCGCAGAUCUUCGCCUACGCCGCCAACUUCCCCAUCCAGAAGUUCCUGCAGGCGCAGAGCAUCGUGGCGCCGAGCGCUUACAUCUCUGCGGCCACGCUGGCGGUGCACCUGCUGCUGAGCUGGGUGGCGGUGUACAAGAUUGGGCUGGGCCUGUUAGGGGCGUCGCUGGUGCUCAGCCUAUCGUGGUGGAUCAUAGUGGCGGCCCAGUUCAUGUACAUCGUCACCAGCCGGCGGUGCCGGUUCACGUGGAUGGGGUUCACCUGGCAGGCCUUCUCAGGGCUGCCCGAGUUCUUCCGGCUCUCCACGGCCUCCGCCGUGAUGCUGUGCUUGGAGACCUGGUACUUCCAGGUCCUGGUCCUCAUCGCCGGUCUGCUGGAGAACCCUGAGCUGUCCCUUGAUUCCCUUUCUGUGUGCAUGACAAUUUCCGGUUGGAUAUUUAUGAUCUCGGUUGGUUUUAAUGCUGCUGCGAGUGUACGUGUAAGCAAUGAGCUUGGUGCUGGCAAUCCAAAGUCGGCUGCAUUUUCGGUGAUCGUCGUGACCAUGAUGUCUUUCAUAAUAUCCGUUAUAGCAGCAGUAAUCGUCCUUUGCCUUCGGGACUACAUCAGCUAUGCCUUCACUGAGGGUGAGACUGUUGCUCGUGCUGUCUCUGAUCUCUGUCCCUUGCUUGCCAUCACCCUUAUCCUCAACGGUAUCCAGCCUGUGCUAUCUGGUGUUGCUGUUGGCUGUGGAUGGCAAGCUUUUGUGGCAUAUGUCAAUGUUGGCUGUUAUUACAUAGUUGGUGUCCCAUUCGGUUCUCUCCUUGGCUUCAAAUUUGGCCUCGGAGCGAAGGGAAUAUGGGGAGGUAUGAUUGGUGGAACUAUAAUGCAGACCCUUAUUCUGAUGUGGGUCACUUUCCGAACCGACUGGAACAAAGAGGUGGAAGAAGCUAAGAAGAGACUGAACAAGUGGGACGGCAAGAAGGAAGAGCCCCUUCUAUCCUAGCAAACCAGUGCUUGGAUACCUUUUGAUCUGUCAAGAUCAUCCUCUUUAUGGCACAUCAAGAUCCGAUCGAAGAAACCAGUUAGGUUCAGAUUAAAUGAUGUGUGUAUCUGAUGUAUUGAUGCAUUAAAGAAUGAGGUCGACGUGAUCUGCUGAGAGAUUGAGAGAGAGAGAGAGAGAGAGAUGCAUAAUUUAUUUGUGGUUAUUGUGACAUCAUUUCGUAUCUGAGCUCUAAAUCAAGUUCCAUAAAUCUUUGAGAUUA